AUGACACAAAAACGUCCAGGACUCAACGAACUCUUCCCAGAGCUCUCUCCCUCUUCUUCCCAACAACACAACCAACAAACCAACACCUCUCUCAAUAAAUCCUUUCAACAACAAGAACAACCAAACCAUUCUCCUCCGAAUCCGAAUCCUCUCAAUCCUCCAUCAUCACGUCUCGACACUUCUUCCUCACCAUUAUUAUUAACCACUAACAAUCUUCAACAACAUUCUCAUCAUCAUUUUAAUUCUCACACUUCUUCUUACACAAGUUCGAGUUUGGAUAAUGGUUCCAUUCCACAGAAUUCUUGUUGUGAAUUAUUGGGAGAAUUUGAUGACAAUAUUCCAACCAUCGCAAUGAUGGAAAAUUCCAUUCCAGAAGAGAGUAGUGACAUGAUUCUGUUGGACCGUGUGGAAACAGAUGAUUCUAAUAAUAACGACACAUCCAUGUCAUGGAAAACAAAUCAAGUGGUGAUUCAAAUCUCUACACCAAGACAGAUUCAAAAGGACUUGGAAAAUACGGUCAAGAAAUUGGAGGAAUUCAUUGCACACAAUGAACGUGCGAAACAAGCGAUGGAAACUCUACAGAAAUACUUUUUUAAGAGAACGGUUCGAAAGAAUUUGAAAAAAUUAUUCAACAUGUCUAAAAAACGCAAGCACGUCAUUAAUGAAAUAAUCUCCACAGAAAAAUCCUACGUCUCUGAUUUAAAGACCAUCAUGGACGUUUAUUAUAAUCCAAUUGUAAAGAAGGGAAUUGAAGCACGUGAAAAUAUUGAUGGUAUUUUUGUAAAUGUUGAAAUGAUUUAUAAUUUGAAUGAAAAACUCUAUUCUCGAUUACUUUUGGCACAAGAGCAUCAAACGAGAUGUGAAAAUAGACUGAAUGAAAUGGUUGACCAAUGGAUAAAAUCUCUUCGUAGUAUCACAAGUCCUUCUCUUGGUGUGACUUCUCCAAGACGUGACACCAUAACUGCUGACAUUUCUUCACAUGGAACCACUGCUGCUAGUCAUCCAUCGAACACUCCAAAUUUAAAUGCUAAUGCACUUUUAAAUACAGUGACUGAUAGAAAUUUACAUGGAACUGGAUCCUCAGCUUCUUCCAUGUCAAACGAAUCAUUUAGUACAGAGACAACAACUCCAUCCAUAACUGCUCCAACAAGUACUUCUAAAAAAAAGAAGAAAGAUAAAAAGAAAACUGGUACCAUGAAAGCAUAUAUCAAGAAAUUGACUUUUAGCAAAUUGCCUGCAAUUAUGGAACUUCAAACAGAACAAGGUUCUUCUACUGGUGCUGGAGGAACUUCGAGAAACAACCACAGUGGAAGUUCUACUCCAGGUCAAAUCAAAUCAUUUGGAGGAGCUUUUGCAGAAAUGGCUCCAUUUAUGAGACUUUAUACAGAUUAUAUCAAUAACUUUAGUCAAGCAACAGAAAUGUUAAAAGACAGAAGAAAAAAGAACCAACAAUUGAAUUUGUAUUUGAACAAAUGUAAAGAAACAAGAGAAGAAUGCAGAGGAUUAGACAUUGCUUCCUUUUUAAUUUUACCAGUUCAACGUAUUCCUAAAUAUCAAUUGUUGUUGAGAGAAUUACUCAAAUACACACCAAAGGGACAUCCUGAUCAUGGUCCUCUUUCAGCAGCUCACAGAACAAUGAUUCAAGUGGCAAAUCAUUUGAAUGAAAUGAGAAGGCAAAAAAUUGCCUUUACUAGAGUUCUUGAUAUUAAAUCAAGAUUGACUGUAUUGAGUUUGCAACUUGUGAAUGCCAUGAAAAACUCACCAGUUGAAAACUUGAUCAUGAAACACAACUUUAACUCGAUCGAACAGGUGAAAAAUUCCAUUAUCAAACCUCAUAGACAUUUUGUCAAUGAAGUAUUGGUGAAUGUAAUUCGAGAAAAAGUAUCACCAAUGAAACUUCAAUGGCUUGAAAAAGCAGUCAAUUUAGAUACUCCACAAACAGAACCAAUUCAAUUCGAAAGUUAUUUAUUCAAUGAUUAUUACUUGUUAAUCAUUAAGGGAGUGAAAAACGAAAACAAAAAUGGAGACGAUUCUGCAUUUGUCACACUGCCAAGUGCUUCUGCAACAGCAAUGGCCACUGAUCGAUCGAACUAUAGUGUGUUUUUAAAGACCCCACGAGACACGAUUGAUUUUGCAUCUACUGAUGAAAUCCUUGGGCAGAAAGAGUUAACAGCUCCAUUCAUUGUUCAGCCAUUUUACUUGUCAAUGAGUGAUUUUAUUCUUGAUCCAAAGGAUCCUUGUGCCAUUAAAUGUCGUGAUUACAUUAGUGGUGGAGAAUUUAAAGUAAUUUUCGACUCUGAUGAUGUUCGAAAUGAAUGGUACAAUAACAUUGUGGACAAGAAGAAUACUGAAAUUCAAAAACUUGUCAAACAAAUGACUGAAAAACACACCAAAGCUAAAAUGAAUGUCAAGGAAUAUCAUGGAAGUGAAACAGCUCGUGCUAGAGAAGUAGAAGAGACAGAGAUUCAAGCCCGACAACUUGCUAUUGAAAAGUUUAACAAAAUUGCAGAAUUCAUUCAAGAAAAGAUUAAUAUUCAAAAUAGAUUUAUCAAAAUGAAACAAGAUUUUGAGACGAUCAAGAAGACGUUUGAUAAGGAAUAUGACAAGUAUCAAACUCUCAAAAUGAUCCUCAGUAGAAUGAAAGAACAACCAGAUAUCUAUGAAAAGAAGCAGAAACAAGUGUUAGAUUAUGAAACGGAAAUGGUCAAGACAAAAACAAGAUUGAAAGACGCGUGUGACCGUUUACAAAAAGGUGAAAUUGUCUUUAAGCAAAUGAUUGAAAGGACAAAGGAGUGUGACGAAGUUAUUCUAAUGUGUUUGAGAAAUGAUAUUGAAUCCUUGAGUGCAUUCUUUGGAGAUUCACAAAUUUUAGAUCAACCAGAAAUUGUUGAUUUGAGUGAUGUGACAAGGAAAAUGCAAUACGUUGAAACUGAUUUGUUUUAUCAAGAAAUUGAACACAAAUUCCCCAAAUCCAAGCAACAACCACUUUCUGUCUCUUCUCACAACUUGAUCAUUAAUUCAAGUUUCCACAAGGCAAUUCCUGCAAUUGUCGCUGCAGAUUCUUCCUUUGAAGAAGAUACCUCUAGUGAAACUGAAUCAACUGCAAGCAAUGCUCAAGUAUUGGAUGACUACGACGAGGAUAUUGUUCAGAAUCCUUCCAACAACGCUGGAGCUUUUAAAGUUCCAAAACUACCCAUUGCUAAAACAGAAGAAACAAAACCAAAAAUGGCAAUCGAUCCAUUGGAUCAAUGGAAAUUAAAAUUGGAAUAUGUGGAAGGUCAAAACAAGCAAUUUAUUGAAGAGAACAAUACUCUUCGCAACAAUAUUGACACGAUGGCCAAAGAGUUAGACAAUUUGAAGAACAAAUUAAUUGAUGUGACGUCCAAGAAUGAACAACUUCAAAACACAAAUACUGAACUAUCGGUUCAAAAUAGUGAACUUUUGAAAGAAUUGGAAGAUUUGAGAAUUUUCAAGAAUUUACACACUCUAGAUUCUGUUCCCACUAAAAGAAGAUCUCAAAGUGUUCCUAUUCGUAUGUCAAUGACCGAUCAAAAUGACAAUCAAGAAGAAGAAGAAUCUGUUGAAACAAAUGAUGCAACAACAACAAUUGCUGCUGAUACGACUACGACUAUCAAUACUAUAACCACAGCUAUUUCUAAUAACGACCACGAGGACGACAACAACGAUCGUCAAGAACCUUCCACCAAUUCGAGUGGAGAUGUCAAUGAAAAGAAAGUACUGGAAGGUGUGGCAACAACCUCUUCGAUGGAUCUCAGCGUCAAACAACAAACUUCCACCACGACUACAAGUUCACAACCAAAUUCAGAGAUUCCACCAACCACCAAUGUGUCAACAACAACAUCAAAAUUGGAAGAAUUGGUUGCAAAAUUGCAAGAAGAAAAUCGUGUGUUGAAAGAACAACAAGCUUCUAACAAACCCCAACAACAAGAACAACAAUCAACACUACUUGAUGCUCAGAAUAAUAGUCAUGACAACAAUAACAUGAAGGACAAACAUUUGGAACUUCAACUUCAAAACUUGAAGAAUUCGAUGGACAUUGCGUUUGUGGAUUCUGAUUUUGAUACAGAUGAAGAGUCACACUCUCCAAGCAAUUCCUCAAAUUCCUCCAAUUAUGGAAAACCAACAAUUUCAACCCAUGUCAUGAUUGGACAAGGAGGACUUUCGAAUACUCCACUCACUCGAACAGGAACUCUGACACGAUCAUCACGUAUUCAAGAACAUGUUGAAAAGUAUGAACAAUUGUCACGAACGAAUGAUUCAAGGGUUGGACGUAAAAAGAAUGCUGUGAGUGAUCUUGUAUCCGAUGAAGACAGUCAGAAUAUGAGCCUUGACAACAAGAUUUUAAAGAUUACCAUUCAAACGAUUCAAUAUCAGUUGCAAACUGAGAGAUCUCAACAUGAACAGACAAAGAAGUCUCAAAACGCUCUUCGUGAAGAGGUUGCCAUCUAUAAGAAGAAACUUGAAGAAGCGAACAAGACGAUGGAAGAAAUGAAGAAAAUUAUAUUCGUUCAUUUCGGUUUAGAUAUUCCCAAAACACCAAAUAAUUAA